CCGCUUCGCUUCGGCGUAUUUAGCACAUUUCCGCCGUUGUGCUGUUCUUUGUGAUAAUGUCGGCUGAACAUGAGGACAGACCUAGAGACAAUGGCCCCGAGGGCAUGGAGCCAGAUGGAAUCAUUGAGGGCAACUGGAAGGAAGUUGUUGAUAGUUUUGAUGACAUGAACCUCCGUGAGAAUCUUCUCAGAGGAAUCUAUGCCUAUGGUUUUGAGAAACCUUCUGCUAUUCAACAGAGGGCCAUUCUCCCUUGUAUCAGGGGAUAUGAUGUCAUUGCACAGGCUCAGUCUGGCACGGGGAAGACUGCCACCUUUGCCAUCUCAAUCCUGCAGCAGAUUGACAUUGAGAUGAAAGCAACGCAGGCUAUGGUCCUGGCCCCCACCAGAGAGCUAGCCCAACAAAUCCAGAAGGUGGUCCUGGCUCUUGGAGACUACAUGGGCGCCACCUGCCAUGCCUGUAUCGGUGGGACUAAUGUCCGUAAUGAAGUACAGAAGCUGCAGGCAGAUGUGCCACACAUCGUGGUGGGAACCCCUGGGCGGGUCUUUGAUAUGCUCAACCGACGGUAUCUCUCUCCCCGAAACAUAAAGGUGUUUGUGCUGGAUGAGGCUGAUGAGAUGUUGAGCCGAGGAUUCAAGGAUCAAAUCUAUGAGAUUUUCCAGAAGCUGUCUUCUGAGAUUCAGGUCAUUCUCCUGUCAGCCACCAUGCCCCAGGAGGUGCUUGAUGUCACCUCCAAGUUUAUGCGGGAACCUGUGAGGAUCUUGGUCAAGAAAGAGGAGCUGACCCUGGAGGGUAUUCGUCAGUUCUACAUUAAUGUGGAGAAGGAGGAAUGGAAGCUGGACACUCUGUGUGAUCUGUACGAGACUUUGACCAUCACACAGGCUGUCAUCUUCAUCAAUACACGCCGGAAGGUGGAUUGGCUGACGGAGAAGAUGCAUGCUAGAGACUUUACAGUCUCUGCUUUGCAUGGUGACAUGGACCAGAAGGAGAGGGACUUGAUCAUGAAGGAAUUUCGCUCUGGCUCUAGUCGUGUGCUCAUCACCACUGAUCUGCUGGCUCGAGGCAUUGAUGUGCAGCAGGUUUCCUUGGUGAUCAACUAUGACCUUCCUACUAACAGGGAGAAUUAUAUCCACAGGAUUGGGCGUGGUGGCCGUUUUGGCAGAAAAGGCGUUGCCAUCAACAUGGUGACGGAAGAUGACAAGCGCACGCUCCGGGACAUUGAGACCUUCUACAACACCACUGUGGAGGAGAUGCCCAUGAAUGUGGCUGACUUGAUCUAGAACUCUUCCCACUCCUUCACUCUGCAUUCCUUUAGCUCCUAUUUUUGGACUCAUUCCUACUCCCCUUGCUCUGUAAUUCCACUGGCUAACACCCAGAGAUCAUUACUCUAUCGCUGUUCAAAGCAAAACAUGAUAAUUUGCAUUGUAUUUUUGAAAACUUGGUGUUCUUAGGAUUUAUGAUUGGAGUGAGCCUUGCACAUUCAAGUUGAUCUUUAAACGAGGUGUGCCAUCUGUAAUUUUAAAGUGAGUCGUGCAGGGCAUGUUUUUUUUUUCUGUCAUCUGAAGAGCUUGGCACCAAAUGGCUGUAUUGGACAUUGUUUUGCCAUUUUGCCACAAGUUAUGGUUGCUCUAAUAGUCUCUUAUUGUUAUCAUGUUUACAUAGGGUGUCGGUGGCACAGUCCUAUAUCUGGUGGAGCCCAUCUCACUCAGCUGGGUGUUCAGAUAUGAAUCCGUAAUGUAUUCCCAGUAUUAACUCUGCUGUGUGGGGUUUUGCGCAGGGGGAGGGCAGGUGGUGUUGGAACCUGAAGUUUUAGGCUUUUAUGGUGCUCGAACAAAAUUCCUGCCCUCUCUGUAUGAAAUGCUAGUGCACAGCUGGGAUGAAAAAUCAAUAACUGUCAUUACCAAACUGUUGUGAUCAGGAUUUUUUCCCCCCUUUUUUCUUUUUUUUUUUUUUUUUUUCUUUUUUUUUUUUAAAUAAACCACUUGUAUAGUGCUGUUUUGUAGUAGCAUUUCCUCUAAAUAGACAUUUCUUAUUUCACUGGUAGGGCAGGUGGCUAAGUGUAAUUAAGAUGGCAGGUUACCACCACAUGGCGUAUUGUAUAGAUUCACUGUAUUAAGUCCUACAUAUUGGAGAGUUGCUCCAGUAACCUACCUCACCAAAAUAUAUUGGAGGGGUCUUGAAAGGACCAAACUACAAAAUGAUUGAGUAUAUAGAGAUUAUAAUGUUACUUUUUUCUGCUUGUUAAAAUGCCUGUCUUGUGGGGAUGUGGGGAUUUACAUUGGUCAGUGCUAUUUUUAAAUGAAUUUAUUAAGAAUGUGAUUGUUAACCUUUUUCAGACAGAAGCCGUGUAUUAAACCUUUUCUACAUUGGAUUCUGUAUAGUAUUUAUUUUAAUUCUCUUAAAUAAAGGUAUUUCUUUUUAACAAGUCAAA